UCCUGACGGCGGCGCUGGGGCUGCCGGAGGCGCUGAUCCCGGUGCAGCUGCUGUGGGUGAACCUGGUGACGGACGGGCUGCCGGCCACGGCGCUGGGCUUCAACCCCCCCCGACCUGGACAUCAUGGACAAGCCCCCCCGCAGCCCCAAGGAGCCCCUCAUCAGCGGCUGGCUCUUCUUCCGCUACCUGGCCAUCGGCGGGUACGUGGGUGCCGCCACCGUGGGCGCGGCCCGCCUGGUGGUUCCUCUACGCUGAGGACGGUCCCGGCGUCACCUACCACCAGCUGACGCACUUCAUGCAGUGCUCGGAGCACAACGCCGACUUCGCGGGCCUCGAGUGCGAGAUCUUCGAGUCGCCGGUGCCCAUGACCAUGGCGCUCUCCGUCCUCGUCACCAUCGAGAUGUGCAACGCCCUCAACAGCCUCUCGGAGAACCAAUCGCUGCUGCGGAUGCCGCCCUGGGUCAACAUCUGGUUGGUGGGUUCCAUCUGCCUCUCCAUGUCGCUGCACUUCGUCAUCCUCUACAUCGACCCCCUGCCCAUGAUCUUCAAGCUGACGCCCCUGGACCUGACGCACUGGCUCAUGGUGCUCAAGAUCUCCUUCCCCGUCAUCCUGCUGGACGAGGCCCUCAAGUUCGUCGCCAGGAACUACCUGGAGGCCGACACUGAGGACACCCGGAAGAAGCGGAAGUGACCCCCGGGUCCCCUCCCCCCAACCCGGAGCUGCUCGGACCCCCCCCCCACAGCGCCGUGGGGCAGCCCCCCAAGUUCUGUGGGGCACCCCCCAGCAGCGUGGGGUACCCCCUUGCUGUGGGGCGGCACCCCCCAGUGUUGUGGGGCACCCCCUUGCCGUGGGGCAGCCCCCCCAGUGCUGUGGGGCACCCCCUUGCCGUGGGGCACCUCCUUGCUGUGGGGCAGCCCCACGGCGUCGCUUAUUUAUUGCCAAUAAAGGGAAACCGCCCCCCAUCCCCCA